AUGACUUUUUCUAAGCAAAUCCUGUCCACGGAAUGGACUUUCAAGGACCGAGAUGAUGAGACAUCGGAUGCAUGGAUGCCCGUGUCGGCAGUACCUUCCACAGUACAGCAAGAUCUCAUUGCAAAUAAGAAGCUCGAAGAUCCAUACCUGGGCUUUAAUGAACUCAAGGCGCGGUGGGUUAAUGAGAAGUCAUGGGUGUAUCGACACGUUUUUCAACAACCGGAAAUCCCCGCCGGUGCAACUGUGGCGCUAGUAUUCGACGGCCUGGACACCUUUGCCUCAGUCAAGCUCAACGGCAAGGUAAUCCUCGAGUCUAACAACAUGUUCCUAGGCUAUCGCGUGGACAUCACAGAGGAACUGAGGUCGUCACCCGAGAGCGGAAACGUGUUGGAGGUCGAAUUCGAUUGCGCCCAGCACAAAGCAAUCGAGCUACGCAAAAAGGAUCCGAAUCAUAAAUGGCACGGCUUCAAUGGGGAGAUGGGGCGUCUGGGUGUGCGUAAGGCUCAAUACCAUUGGGGUUGGGAUUGGGGCCCAAUCAUCAUGACAGCUGGUAUCUGGCGUGAGGUACGACUGGAAGUCUACUCUGCACGAGUCGGAGACCUGUGGCCACAGACAUACCUGGCUCCUGACCAUCAAACAGCGACAAUCACAGCGCAUGCCAAAAUCGAUGUGCCGAAGUCGGAAGGCUGUGUCGCUCGCUUCCAUUUGACUCUACGUGGAAAAGAAAUAGCUCACCAGGAUAUCCCGGUAUCUUCCGGUCAAAACGCCCGAACCACCUUUAGGGUCAACAAUCCGGAAUUGUGGUGGCCACACGGCUACGGUGCUCAGACCUUGUAUGAAGUGUCGGUUUCACUGCUGUGCGAUGCAAACGAGCUACAUAAUGUGUCUAAGAAAUUUGGCAUUCGGUCCGCCGAGGUCAUUCAGCAGCCGGAUAAACAUGGGAAGUCAUUCUUUUUCCGUAUCAACGGAAUGGACAUUUUUUGUGGAGGGUCUUGCUGGAUUCCUGCCGAUAACCUGCUUCCUAGUAUCAGCACAGAGCGAUACCGGAAAUGGAUCGAACUUAUGGUGGAAGGAGGCCAAGUGAUGACCAGAGUAUGGGGUGGCGGGAUCUACGAAGACGAUGCUUUCUACGACGCUUGCGAUGAGCUCGGUGUUCUAGUAUGGCAGGACUUUAUGUUCGCUUGCGGUAACUACCCGGUAUGGCCAGAGCUACUAGAGUCUAUACGAGAGGAGACAGCCUACAAUAUACGGCGCUUGCGAAACCAUCCUUGUAUCGCGAUCUACGCCGGUAACAAUGAAGAUUAUCAAGUCCAGGAGCAGACUGGACUCACUUACAACUACGAAGAUAAGAACCCCGAAAAUUGGCUCAAGUCUGACUUCCCAGCACGUUAUAUCUACGAAAAGCUACUACCAGAACUGGUAUCUGAGCACUCGCCGAGUACUUUCUACCACCCGGGAAGCCCAUGGGGCGAUGGAAAAAUCACGAGCGAUCCUACCGUGGGGGAUAUACAUCAAUGGAAUGUGUGGCAUGGAACGCAGGAGAAAUAUCAGAUCUUUGACAGUAUAGGAGGUCGCUUUAACAGCGAGUUUGGGAUGGAAGCUUUCCCACAUAUGUCGACGAUUGAGUAUUUCCUAGAAAAGGAGGCAGACAAACACCCUCAGUCACAUGUUAUGGACUUCCAUAAUAAGGCUGACGGCCACGAGAGGCGAUUGGCGACGUAUCUAGUAGAAAAUCUACGCCUAGCGACUGAUCUGGAGACAUACACCUACCUCACGCAGGUCGUCCAGGCAGAGACAAUGAUGUUCGGAUAUGGCGGAUGGCGCCGCCAAUGGGGCGACGAGCGAAAAUGUGGCGGAGCACUGCUAUGGCAGAUAAAUGACUGCUGGCCUACAAUCUCGUGGGCAAUUGUGGACUACUUCUUGCGGCCAAAGCCUGCGUAUUACACAGUUAAGCGCGUGAUGCAGCCGAUAGUAAUCGGUGUACGACGUUCGCAUCACGACUGGAGUGUGGUGCAUGCAGUACCCCCCAAACAGAGCCAGUACGAGAUUUGGGUUGCUAGCAGCCGACAGGAAGUGCUGCAUGGAACCGUCGAGCUGCGAUUCCUAUCGGUGGUGACCGGUAAAGACCUCCGCGCUCCCGCUCUCUUUACGGAUGUGACUAUUUCACCCAAUGGCACCACCGACAUCACAAGUGGGAUCAUAGAUCACGUCGCUGAGCCCGAGCCACAUGUUUUGGCUGCACGGCUAUGGAUCGAUGGCCAGAUUGUGGCCAGGCACGUGGAUUGGCCACAGCCGCUCAAGUACCUUGACUUUUCUGAUCGCGGGCUGGAAGUGAAGCAGCAGCCAGGAGCUUCCGCUGGAAAGCAACUCCUUCGAAUCAACUCACAGAAGCCGGUGAAAUGUUUUGUCUUUGAGGAGCGCGAGAAUGUGCGGAUCAGCGACAGCGCUAUAGAUAUUGUUCCGGGGGAUGAACAGCUUGUGGAGAUUACGGGGCUAAGCGAUAGUGACCUACCGUUGAGGUAUCGUUACCUCGGUCAAUAG